CUCAUCAUAUUCAAGAGUCAAUUAGAUUCUUAUUCAUUAAAUAGAAGGGAUAUUACUUGCAAAUGGAAAGCGAGGCUGCAUCAACUACGGCACAGCAGCAGAAUACCGAAAAUGCAACAAAACCUCCGUCAGAGGUCUCUGCUCAGACUUCUUCACUCGCCCCUGCUACAGCAGCAGACUCAGCACCCGCGGCAGACGCAAACGAGACAGUUCAAGUCGACAGCCGAUCAACUUCCAACCGAGGUGGGAAAAAAGGCGGAAAACGUGCCCGCGACGGGCAACAAUCAAAAAACCCUGACAUGAGACCUAAACGUGGCCGUACAGAUUGGGGUCCGCGUACCAAGCGCGAGGGAGAGGGAGAAGGCAACAAAGAACCGCGAAGACCGAAGCGUAAGGCGGCGUGCUUGAUCGGGUAUUGUGGUACCGGAUACCAUGGCAUGCAAUUGAAUCCUCCGCAGAAGACUAUCGAGGGUGAUUUGUUUGAUGCGCUUGUGAAGGCGGGAGCGAUUUCCAAGGACAACUCGGAUGAUCCCAAGAAGGUGGGCUUCAUGCGUGCCGCGCGCACCGACAAAGGAGUGCACGCAGCCGGCAACGUGAUCUCCGCAAAGCUAAUCAUCGAAGACGAAGACAUCGUCGAGAAAAUCAACUCGCACCUACCCGAGCAGAUCCGCGUCUGGGGCAUCACCCGCACGACCAAUGGCUUUGACUGCCACAAGCACUGCGGGUCGCGCAUCUACGAGUACCUGAUCCCCUCGUUCUCGUUCCUGCCUCCGCGGCCGACGUCGCUGUUCGGCAAGCGCAUCAAGGAGAUGGAAGAAAAGUACCCCGGCGGCCGCCGCAAAGACCCCGAAGGCGAAGCGUUCUGGGCGCGUGUGUCUGCGAAACUCGCCGAGGCCGGCAUCACGCAGGAACACGUGCUCGAGGACUACGCGCGCAUGCUGCGGCAGACUGCGAACAUCCCGCGCGAGAGCGGCGACAAACGCACCGACCGCGGGUCCGACGACGAGCUGGACGCGCAGCCGCUGACGGAGGAGCAGAUGGAGAUCUUCAACCGGAUCCGCGCGAUCGAAGACCGCGAGCGGCGCGCGUUCCGGAUUUCUUUGGACCGGCUCGAGCUCGUGCGCAAGGCGGUCAAGGUCUACGAGGGAUCGCAUAACUUCCACAAUUUCACGCUCAAGAAGGAGUACACGGACCCGAGCGCGCGGCGGUACAUGAAGAACUUGUCGGUCAGCAGGCCGCAUCUGAUCGAGGGCACCGAGUGGAUCUCGAUCAAGAUCCAUGGACAGUCGUUCAUGCUGCACCAGAUCCGCAAGAUGGUCUGCAUGGCUGCCCAGGCCGUCCGCGCGGGCACGCCGAUCAGUCGUAUCAAGGAAUCGUUUUAUAAGCAGAAGCUGAAUAUCCCGAAAGCCCCCGCGCUAGGCCUCUUGCUCGAGCGGCCGAUGUACGACGGCAUCAACGAGCGGCUGCAAUCGUACGGACGCGGCGAGCUCACGUUCGACCCGUACAACGAGCAGAUCGAGGCGUUCAAGCAGAAAUACAUCUACGACAAGAUCUACGCGGUCGAGCUGAGAGAAAACACGUUCUACUCGUUCUUCAACUUUAUCGACUCGUUCAAGGGCGGUCACGCGAUGGAUUUCUUCACCGCAAAGGGAGAAGAGGACGACACGGCGGAGUCUGAGGUGUUUCUUGAUGAGGAGGAUAAAGAGGAGUUGUUGUCCGGAGACGAGGCGGAUCGCGAGGGUUGAGCGCUGCGAAU